AAUCCAGUAGGCGUUGGGAUUUCCACCGGGUUGCUCGGCAUUGAAUCGAAAAAAAUUUAAAAAUCACAUUUUUUUUCCAAUUUGAAAAAUCAAAAUGCAGUUCAAAAAGGUCACUCACGUCAUCUUCGAUAUGGACGGGCUUCUAUUGGAAUCCGAAUCGAUCUACGACAAAAUAAUCAACGACAUCGUCAUGGAACACGGCAAACGCUACACCGACGACGUCAAAGUCAAAGUCCUGGGCACCCCCGAGCUCGACACCGCCUCCAUAGUGGUCAAGGAACUCUCGCUGCCCGUCACCCCGCUGGAGUUCCUCGCCGUCUACAAGCGCAAGCAGAUGACCGAGCUGGGCGAUCCGCCGCUGUUGCCGGGCGUCGAGCGCCUGGUGAGGCACCUGCACGGGCACGGGGUGCCCAUCGCGGUGGCGACGUCGUCGUCGCGCGAGAGCAUGGAGCUGAAGACGAGCCGCCAUCGGGCGGUGUUCGAUUUGUUCGAUCACAUCGUGUGCGGUAGCACCGACGAGGCGGUGAAGAUGGGCAAACCGGCGCCGGAUAUAUUCCUCGUUUGCGCCGAGAGGUUUCCCGAUAAGCCGGAUCCUUCUAGUUGUAUCGUGUUCGAAGACGCCCCCAACGGGGUGAAGGGGGCUCAAAGUGCCGGCAUGCAGAGCGUAAUGGUACCAGCUCCUUAUAUACCGGAAGAAUUGAAGAAAAACGCCACGUUAGUGUUGGAUUCUCUCGUGCAAUUCAAACCCGAGCUCUUCGGAUUACCCCCGUUCGAGUAAAUUUUAAAUUAAAUACAUUUCAUUAGGUAUAUUUAUAUACGGGGUGUUUGUAUUUGUGUUGUUUACGCGCGGUAAAAGCUCUCGAUUUAUCUCGAUGUUUAUUUUAAAUGGGACACCCUGUAUAUAAUACGUGACAUUUUAUUUGAAGAGUACUUUAUUGCAGCGGGUGGGAGAGAGAGAGGGUUUAUUUUUACUAAUUCUUGUUGCUUUUCUCGUCUUUUUUAUUGUCCCAAUAAAAUUAGAUAAUCGGGACAUCCUGUAUAUUUGUGUUCAUUUUUUUUUGGUUUAUUAUUGAAGAGAACAAACGGUAUUUUUGUAGGUUAUUUUUUUCUAAAUACCAAAGAGCUUUUUUUGUCAGUAUUAUUUACUAAACUAUUAAUGUUUUUUUUGUUAAUAACAAUUUAGAGAUGUAUAUUAUAUGUUAAUAAAUAAUUGUAGAAAGGCAUUUU